GAAGCGCACACGAAGAGGACGCGCGGCGUCCUGUCGCCUCUCCUGGAGGGCAGCAGUGAUGCCGGAGCCGUCUAUAUAAGAGCUUCCAAGAUGCCACUGAUGGGUCAUUCAUGCACUUGCUGCUAGCGCUUUUCAAGACAUCGCCUCUGCCCGCACCGUGCAGCGUGCGCUCCGCCACUACUCCGCUCUCACAUGUAGACCCACGCUUUCCAACAGCUCAACUCAACAUUUCUGGCGGAUUUCUCUCCCCCGUGCUCCACCAUGCGAGUCAACCAACGAGGACUUCAACACAAGAACUUUGUCAAAGAAGAGUCCCAGGGCACACAGGACGCCCCACAGCGCGGGCAACGUGUUUAAGGGACCCGUUCAGGAGUGACUCCACAUGAAGUUGUGAGUGUGAGAAAAAGAGAAAUAACAGGGGUUUCUCUCGGUUAAGGUCACCAAGCAAGUAGCAUACACUUUGGGCAUGGACAAUGGAUACUUUAAGUCUGUCAGUGAAUGCUGUGUCCUACACUGUGGCAGCUGAACUCUCUACUAUUGAUGAUCCGUUUAAUGGACCCAUCAAGAACAUCGCGCCGUGGAACUUCACUAUCCUGGCCGUGCUCAUGUUUGUGGUCACCUCGCUGUCUCUGAGCGAAAAUUUCCUCGUCAUGUUUGUCACUUUCAAGUUCAAACAACUCAGACAGCCCCUGAACUAUAUUAUAGUUAAUUUGGCCAUCGCUGACUUUCUGGUCUCCCUCAUCGGUGGAGUAAUAAGUUUCCUGACAAACGCCAGGGGUUAUUUCUUCCUUGGGAAGUGGGCUUGCGUCUUGGAGGGUUUUGCUGUGACUUUUUUCGGGAUCGUGGCCCUGUGGUCCCUCGCCAUUCUGUCCUUCGAACGAUUCUUCGUGAUCUGCCGGCCUCUGGGGAACAUCCGACUGCAAAUGAAGCAUGCGAUGCUGGGUCUGCUGUUUGUCUGGUCCUUCUCCUUCAUCUGGACCUUCCCUCCAGUGCUGGGCUGGAACAGAUACACUAUAAGCAAGAUUGGAACCACCUGUGAGCCCGACUGGUAUUCACCCAGCAUGAUGUAUCACAGCUACAUCAUCACUUUCUUCAUCACCUGUUUCAUUCUGCCUCUUGGAGUAAUAUUUUUCUGCUAUGGAAAGCUCCUGCGGAAGCUCAGGAAGGUAUCUCAUGGUCGUCUGGCCACUGCCAGGAAACCAGAGCGUCAGGUGACCCGUAUGGUGGUGGUGAUGAUUGUGGCAUUCAUGGUGGGCUGGACGCCGUACGCAGCCUUCUCCAUACUGGUCACAGCUCAUCCAACCAUUGAACUUGACCCCAGGCUGGCUUCCAUCCCCGCCUUCUUUUCCAAGACAGCUACAGUCUACAACCCAAUCAUCUAUGUCUUCAUGAACAAACAGUUCCGUAAGUGCCUAAUCCAGCUCUUCACCGGCAUGGGGACCAUCCCAGACAGCAACCUGAACCAGACCUCAGAGCGACCUGGAAUUACUGCAGAGAGCCAAACAGGAGAAAUGUCAGCCAUUGCGGCCCGCAUCCCUGUGGGUGGCUCUGUGUCGCCCAGGUCUGACGAUUCUCCAACCGACUGUGGCUCAUUUGCCCAGCUGCCCAUCCCAGAGAACAAAGUGUGUCCAAUGUAACAGUUAACCUCAUCCCAAUAGGUGUUCUCUUACUGAGUCAUAAUAACCUUCUAUAAUCUAAAUGCAGUGUGUUUCAGACCCUGUUUGGACUACGGCAGAACUUUAAAUCUUUCGUUCAUUUCUUGCAGAGAUGGAGGGUACAGUGUGAAGAACAGAGGGUCAACCUUUAAGGGUUUUCAUAGUUGAUGAUUCUAGCAUUUCUUUUAGAUAUUUCACUUGCAAAAGUAAUUAAGGACAAAAACAAAAUAUCAGAAACUAGAGAACAUUUUGGUGGUCUGUUCAAUAUCUGAAAAAAAAAAAGAACAACCGAGGGCACAAGAAAGAACUGUACAGACAGAAAUGCUCAGACCUUUACGUGCUAGAUAUCUUGAAAAUAUUUGCGUGCUGGACACUCUGUCCUGUUAUUGGAGGAUAUCUUGGAUGUUCUCUUGACCAUCAUUGCACACCUGCUAGUGUGUCACAUUAGAGGGCACUUGAUUUGACUUGAUAGCGUCUGCCUUCAUAUCCCAAUGAAAAAAAGAGACUGUUAAAAAUGCAAACCUUGACAUCAGUUAGUUGAGGGCUAGCCAGUGUUUUUCAAAUCCCCCAAUGCAUCCAGCCUUUCAUCUCGUCCUCGCAUUCUCCUUUGAAGUCCUGUGAUGGCGCCUGUAGAGAAAGCGUUGUUUUUCUAUGCUGUCUCAGUACUUUUCUUUGGCAGCGCAUAUUCAUUCAUCUCCGCUCUUCAAGAGGACCGAGCAGUCUUCUGAAUUUGGAUACUUUCACUUUAGUUUAUUCCGCAUAGACUAGCUUGGGUCAAAGCUUUCAUCUGUAGUGAAAAUGGUCAGUGGGUACUUGGAGAUGCCAGGCGCUUGUUGCCCCAGUCGCGGGAGAGGACAACAUAUUUAUGAAGUGCCAGCUACAAGCAGCACACAUAUACAUACACCACACAUGCACGCGCAUACGCAUAUAUGCAUACACACACACAGAUUGCUGUUCACUGCCUGUACUAUGUUCUCUACAGGCACUGUGAUGAAACAAUGCACCAAUAAAUAUCCUAGCACAAGAGUGGCUUAGCUAAGUAGCCAUGUACAAAAGCAAUGAGUAUUCCCAUCAUAAGCACAAGUCAACAGCAAUAUUAAAGCUAAAUACUAUCACACAGUUCAGCGUUAGCAGUAGACGUAGCAGUGAGUGUUAAAAUGUCUUCUACUUGACUUUGUGGUGCAUGUUUGUUCACUAUUACUGGAUAUUUGUCAAAACACGUGUAUUCUCUGCUCCACAGUGCUUCACUAUGUUAAAAAAAAAUGUAACUGUAUGGUGUCUGUUUGCAAUGUACUGAGUGUGUGUUCCAAUCAUGUUUGGCCAGUCUGGUAGGAGUAACAUUUAGCAUCUUUAAGUAUCGAUGCAUCUGUACCAAAUUCAUUGUGAUGCCUUGAUAUAAUUAGCAUAACAGCAUGAGACCACGGCGAAGACGACCGGCAAGUCAGCUUCGAUCUCACACAAGUGUUUCCCUGAAUUAAGAACUCACUUUUCGUGAACCUUGUUGCUUUGUUGUUAAUGAUGAAAACUACACUUUUUACAUAACCUUUAUGGAACUUAAACCCGCAUUAAUCAGUUUUUUUUUUUUAUUAUUUAAGAUGCCUCUAUGUGUUGGAAAGAGUUGCUCAUAGUGCUAAAAUCACAGAGAAUCAUCACCCAACUCAGCAGAUACAUACAUCCCUUUUAAGCUUCGUUAGCUGAUAGUUCUGGUUUUACAGCUGCACACUUACUGUUUGGUCUGACUGCUCUCUUUCUGCUUGAAACACGAUUUCAAAUGAAUUAAUGAAUUAAUGCAGCUUUAAGGUUUUUUAUAUAUAUUAAGUUUUCAUCUGACAUAACCAGAAACAUCCUAUUUUAUUGCAUAAGGCAGUCCAGAUUUCCUACAAAGUCAACUCAGAGGAACAUAAUUGUAAAAUGUGGUUUAGUUGCAGUAGAGAUUUCCAGUUUUUGUGGAGAUGGCCUCUUUUUUUAUGGUGAUUAUGUCAAUGUCUCACCAUUAACUCCUUAAUUUAUUGAUGUUAAAAUGUUCAAGCCAUAUCUCAGGUCUGUCAGAAUUUGCUGUUACUGUUUGCAAAAGUAAAAGAAAAAAACACUAGUCUCAUUGUGCUUAAUUGCUAAAUUCCAGUAUAGCCAUGUUGCAUGUUUCCCUCUUUAAUUAUAUUCUCAGAAUUUGUUUUGGCAUUAUCUGUAUUACAUUCUACAUUUACAUACUAACCACUUUCAAAUUGUCUUGCAAAUGAGUCUAUUUAUAUAAACAAAAUGUGUAAAAGCAUAAUUUGCAAACACACCUCUCGGUUAGCAGAGUAGAAUAUUUAAACCUAAAGUUUUUUUUCCAAAUAUUUCUCUCGAUGCUGCUGAAAAAUGAAAAAUCUGUAUGAACAUUUUUAAAAUAUAGGUGCAGUGUACAACCACCACAGUGUGCGAAAUUGUUUUCAACUGCUUUUCAACUGACAAGCAAAGACAAUGAACUAUGGCUUGAAUGGCUUGCACCUCUGCAGUAAGGUCAAAUAACAAGUGUCAUGUUAUAAAUGUCCUACAUUACUUUUCGCAGGGAUGGUUCAGAUUUAUGGACAGGCGGGCAGUCCUGUGUUUGCAGAUCUCUCAGUGAGCCAGGGGUUUCAUCCAAAAACAAGCAGCGUCACACAGCCGGCCAGCAAAAAGAUGUGAAUGCUCCAAGCACCUUGGUCCAGCUUUCAGUGUGUAGUAACACACAGGUUUACAGGAACAAAUUACAGUUCCAAGAUACUGUGAAGUCUAAGAGAAGAAUCGAGCAGCAGAAAUCAACAAAAGAUGAUUUUUCUGUGUGUUAUGUUGUGGCUUGAAAUUUCUGGUUGCUCAUUUCUGGAUGACAGGGCCACGUCUCGCUGGAAAAUCUCCAACCACAGCACUGCCUACCUAAGCUAAUAUCCACGCAUCAAUAGUCACAACUGGUCAGCGACUCAUACUAUCUACACGUGUGUCCACAAAAUCCAAACUUUCUGUUUAAGGGUUCACACACAGUCUUCGCCAGUCACUACCAAUUCAUUUAACCUUUCCCAAGCCUCCCCACUACUGACACACACACACACACACACAUGCACACACACACACACACACACACAAACCGAAACCCAUCUACAGGCGUAGAUACAGUAGGUGUGUAGGGGCUUUUGGAAGUAGUGACUUUACCUUGAAGAUCAGACAGGAUAUAAAUCAAACAAACCUGCCAGUGUUACUUCUUGGUGCACGGAUUACAGACUGCACUGCAUGCUUAUAAGGGAACAUUUCCAACAUGUAUAGAUGGGUUAAAGCUCCUAUUUCUCACCUCCCAACCCUGAAUAUCAAGCUGCUCCACUUGUUUGUUAUGUUGUACUUACAAAGGCAUGUCAAGACUUCUUCUGUUGUGUGUUUUUUGUGUCAUGAGUACUUUUGUCUUGAGUUUGAUUUACAUCGGUUUACAGGUCAUAGAUGCACGCUGGUUAUAAAAAUGUCUGUAUUAAAGUAUAUUUUUUGAAAAGCAA